AUGUCGAAGAAGAGCGAGGCUGUGAAUGCAUGCCGCAGUGAGAUUGGUACGCAGCUCGAGAAGGUGCGUGCUUUAAACGAAGCACAGGCGCCGCUCGACCAGCUGGCGCCGGAGAUGGCCCAGCUUCAGACGCUGAGCUCGCGCCUGAGCGAGCUGAGUGUGACGGGCAAGAAGGGUGGCAAGAUCACGCUCAAGACGCCAAAAGGCACGCGUGAUUGGGAUCCGCUCUCGAUGGCGUUGCGCAAGCAUGUGUUCUCGACGAUCGAGCGUGUGUUUACAACACAUGGUGCUGUGACCAUCGAUACACCUGUCUUUGAGCUGAAAGAGAUUUUGGCGGGCAAGUACGGCGAGGACAGCAAGUUGAUCUAUGACCUGCAGGACCAGGGCGGUGAGCUAUGCAGUCUGCGUUACGACUUGACGGUGCCAUUUGCGCGCUUUGUCGCGAUGAAUCCGACAGAGUACGGCAACAUCAAGCGUUACCACAUUGCCAAGGUGUACCGUCGUGACCAGCCAGCCAUGACUAAGGGCCGCUUCCGUGAGUUCUACCAGUGCGAUUUCGACGUGGCAGGCACCUACGAUCCUAUGGUGCCCGAUGCGGAGGUGCUGUGUGUGCUCACUGAGACGCUGGACGCGUUGGACAUCAAGGACUUUACGAUCAAGCUGAACCACCGCAAGUUGCUGGACGCGAUCUUUGCGAUCUGCGGUGUGCCAGACGACAAGAUCCGCACGAUUUCCAGUGCCGUGGACAAGCUCGACAAGAGCCCGUGGGAGGAAGUCAAGCAUGAAAUGGUUGUAGAGAAGGGCUUGGACGAGGCUUCGGCGGACAAGAUUGGCUCGUACGUUCAGCUGCGUGGUGGUCGUGAGCUGCUCGACAAGCUGCGUGCGGACACCGCGCUGACGCAGAAUGCGCGCGCUGUGGAGGGUAUGGACGACAUGGCGUUGUUGUUCGAGUACCUGGAGAUGUACGGCAUUUUGGACCGUAUUUCGUUUGAUCUGAGCCUUGCGCGUGGUUUGGACUACUACACUGGUCUGAUCUACGAGGCGGUGACGGCAGCGAGCGCGCCGCCAGGCUUUGCAGAGGGCCAGGCUGUGCAGAAGAAGAAGAAGGCGGACGGUGAGCUGGAUGAGAGCACAGUGGGUGUCGGCUCGAUUGCGGCGGGUGGUCGCUACGACCACUUGGUCGGCAUGUUCAGCGGCUCGAAGCGUCCUGAUGCUGUGCCCUGUGUGGGAGUGUCAGUGGGUGUUGAGCGUGUGUUCUCGAUACUCAUGCAGCGCAUCCGCGAUGAACAGGCUCGUGGUGAGAAGACGUCUGUGCGCCAGAAGGAGGUGCAAGUCUACGUGAUGAGCAUGGGUGAAGGUCUGCUGCUGGAGCGGAUGAAGGUGUGCAAGAUGCUGUGGGAUGCUGGUAUUAAAGCUGAAUUCCUCUACAAGAAGAAGCCCAAGCUUCAGGCGCAGUUUGCCGUGGUGGACAAGGAACAGAUCCCCAUUGCUGUGCUCCUUGCGCCAGGUGAGUGGGCACAGGGUACGGUGCGUGUCAAGGAACAGCACGGCAAAGAGGAGACGGGCGACAAUAAGGGCACGGAAGUGCCGCUGACCGAGCUCGCCUCGUAUAUUCGCAACAAGCUGUCUCUGUAG